AUGCCAAAUCUUACUGAUGAUCAAACUAUUUUUCCUCAACAAGCUGCAUUAAUUCAACGCUUUGGUCCUAAAGGUGAUAUUCUUGCAACAUCUCAAGGAAAUAAACUGUUUUUGUAUCAAUUUGAUAAAAAUCUACUUGCAAAUCCACAAAUUAUCGAUUUAAACAGUUCAAUUUUCAAAAUAAUUCCGCUAAUAGCACCCUCAGGCUCAAAAAUACUCGUAAUAUUUACUAACUUCUUAUCUUCGAUUUUGAAUUGCGCUGCUGAUGGUAAUAUUAACAUAACACCAUCAGCAAACUUAGCCCCUCAGAGUUCUAAUGUACCAUUAGAUCAAAUUAAGUUUGCAUUAAUACCAGGAGCUUUAAUUUUCAAUUUUAAUAAAAAUCAACUCACCGUAAUUCCUAUUAAUGCUGCUAAUGAGAUUGGAGUUCCAUUUAUUGUUACAGUUUCGUGUAGUUCGAUCAUUAGUUUUGUUUCUUUAAACCAAAAUAAUCACUCAGCACGACUUGCAAUACUAACAGAAGAAAACCACGAUAACCCCAAGAUUAGAAUUGUUGAUAUCGACUUAACUAACAAAAAAGGUACAGAAGAUCAAAAAAUUGCAAUUUCACUUCCUAUUGAUGCAUAUAUGAUUAUUCCGUAUUUACUUGGCAGCAAUCCUAUUAUUAUCUGCUUUACGAAUAAUAAAGCCAUUUUCAAUACUUUCAUUCCAAAUCAAGUUCCAAAAUCAACAGCGUAUCCAUUUUCGAGUCAAGCAAAGCUUGGAUGGUUUGCACAGAUGAAAGAUAACUUUUACGUAUUCAUUGACGAAAGAGGUUCAAUAAAAAUAUCAGAAAUUUCAGAAUUUGGAAAUUUCACAGUUUCAGAUCGAGGAAAAACUUUAAUUCCAUCAUCAGUUAUUGCAUUAAAUGGUAGUGUCCUCUAUGUUACCGCGAAAGAUGGUCAGGCAGUUCUUCUUGAAGUUACAAAACUAAAAGUAGAAAAAAAGAUGACGAUUGAAAAAGACGGAUCAAUCAAAGAAUUGCAACAAAGUAACACGCAGCAGACAUCACAACCUAAAACACCCAAAUCUAAAUCUGAAAGACCUUCUCCAUUAAGAUCAAAUAAAAAUUCCUUCCAAAGUCCACCAUCCAGUCCCAUACCCACCGAAAAAGAUCUUUCCAAACAAAUAGAAAGGCUCUUUGAAGUCCCUGAUACAGAUAUCGAUCCAAUUUCUUUUAAUGAUGCAAAAGCAUUAAAUCGCGAGACAAAAGACGCUCUUGCAUUAGCAUCUUUCUCCAAAGAAUGGGAUCAGCAGUUACUCGCUAUUCAGAAACUAAUGUCCUUAGUUAAAGGUGGAGCUGCUGCUCAUCAAACUUUUCUCACUUUUCAACCACAAUUUUUGCCAAUUAUCACUGAAAACGUAACAAGUCUUCGCAGCACAUUAGUCAAAUAUAGUUGCCUGUUCGUUGCUCAGCUCGCCAUGUCUCUUGGAAGUUCUUUCGAGACAACAGCCGAACAAAUUCUUCCAACACUUUUUAAACCAACUUCAAAUGGAACUCAAAUCAUCGCAGAUUGCUGCAAAUGUGCUAUUUUAUCUAUCUGUCAAUACGUCACCUCAACUAAAAUCGCCAAAGCCAUGGUUGUACAGAUAUCUUCAAAAGCGUCUAUACAUAGAGUCAUUUGUGCAAAAGCGUUUUUGAUAAUGGCAAAACAAUGGGACCAAAAACUUGUUGAAAAGAUGAAACCUUUUCUUUUACCUGCUGUUGAUAAACUUGUAGUUGAUGCAUCUCCUGAAGCUAGACAGAUAUCAAGAGAAUGCAAAGCUUUGCUAAAUCACAAACAACCAAAUGCUGAAGAAAAUAAAAGAGAAAAAAAUUCAAGAAAAAAUGGAAAAAAGAACCAAAAAUUCAAUUUUCAAGAGAAACCACAAAUAAAGUUAGAUGAUGUUAAACAAUACAUCAUAAUGGGUGAUGAAGCAUCUCUUAAAGAGAAUGGAGAAAUGGUUGCAAAAAUUAUUGUAGAUGGAAUGCUUUCGAAUUCACCGUUGUUGGCCAAUACUUGCUUAACAUUAUUCCCUAAUACAGUAACAAUCAUUCCUGACUCUUAUAAGCCAAGAGUUCAAAGUUUGGUCAAUGCAAUUUUAAUGUAUGAUAAUUCAACGGUCAGAAAGCAUAAAGAAUUAGCUUAUGAUGCUUUUAAUGCAGCAGGAAAUAAUAUUUCACCAAGUAUGGUCGUUGCUGCUGCAAUUAAAAAUAUUCAUGUCAAAGAUUCAAUGGUUUUGGUCACAGAUUUUUAUAACAGAAAUGAAUCUUUGAUUCCUGAUGAUGUAAAAGAAGAAUAUGAGAAGAUAUUCCCUAAGCAAGACAAUGAUUCAACAUUAGUUUUCGAAUCAGGUCCAAAUUCACCAGAGAAACCACAUCGAAGAGCAGUAGUUUUUGCAGAAAAUCCACAAAUACCUGAAGUUGUUGUAGGAAAUAUUGAUGAAGAAGAAAAUAAAGAGCAAAAAACUUCGAUUUUAAUAAAUUCCGAAAAAGAAAAACCAGAAGAAGCGAAACCAAGGCCAAGAUUGACAUUUGUUUUGGAUAAUAUUCCAAACUUCCCUCCAAAAGAAUCACAUGAAGAGGAAGAAGAAACUAUUGAUCCAGAACAAAAGAAGAAAGACGAAGAACAAAGAAAGCAACCAUUUGAAAUGACAACAAAGAAACUUGAUUUAUCUCAAAUUAAUGAAGAAAAUCCAAAACAAGCACAAGAAAUCGAAAAACUACCACAAGAACAAAUCCAACCAAAAGAAGAGCAAAAGCAUGAAAAUACAGAACCAAGACCUUCCAAUAUUAUGAAUACUCCUGAUAAACAACCACAAAAACCAAAGAUUUCAAAUAAUGAUGAACAAAUUAAACCAAAUAAGAAAGAAACUAAGCCAAAAGAAGUUGAUUUAAGACCAUCAGCGAAAGCCAAAGAUAAUAUUAGGCAAUCACCAACUAAAGCUCCAUUUGCAACUGAUUUUGAUCAACCUCAAGAUUCAUCUAUUGGAGAAACUCAACUUCAGAAGCUUAUUAAGCGAUUAGAGAAUCCAGAGAUUGCUGACAAAUCGCCAAUCAUCAUGAGAAUUGCUCAAAUUGCUUCAAGAUCAGGAAGCAAAGAAUAUCAAACAAUUCUUCCUUCAGUUUUACCAUUUUCUCAUUCUCAAUUUGCAGAUGACGCUGCAUUAGUUGCAAGCGCGAUAAUUCGCAGUGUUUCCCACAGCAAGUUGCUUGAGUUUGGAGCUUCUCUUUUAGCACAAUGUCCAAGAGAAGCUGCUGAAUUCCUUGGCAGAUUAUCUCAUCAAUGUUCUCCAGGAGAAAUUAUUGAUGCAGCACCUCUAUUCAUGGGCGGAUUGAAGAAUCUUGCUAAUGACAAAGAGGCCGUUAUCAGAAAGGCCGCCGUUUUUUGUAUCUCUGAUAUGUGGAUUUCUGGUGGAGAUGAUUUCAUCCAGGAAAUAGAAAUGUUACCAGCCUUGACCAAAAAACUUGUCACUCAUUACUAUACAAUCCACAAAUAA